AUGCAAGACUUGGACACCCCCAUUGCGUUGCGUCGCAGCCGGCGCGUAAACGCCAAAUCGGCAUCCCCUCCAGCCAUGCCCUCACCACCAAUGACGCCUCACAGAAGAAAGAGAGGCUUCUGCUAUUCUGAUCCCGGCCCUUCCAUCUCGAGCGGCCUCACGCCAAUGGUACGACGCACAUUUCUGGCCGAGACCCCAAAGGGCCGACGGCUCGUCAGCAUGACGCCCAGCCCAACUCCUCGAUCCAAGAGGCACUCAGACGCGGCGGGCGACCUCAAUCUUCAUCAGACCAUUGACGGCCGCGUUGAGCGUCGGAUACGGCGCAAUGGCUUCCGGGACAUGCUCAACAGGAUGCAGAAGGAGAAGCGGCGCACAGAACAGUCGGCUCAGACGCAGGUCGAGAAGCUCAAGGCCGAGGUCAGGGCGCGAGACAGGGAGAUUUACAACCUGCAGAAUGCGACCGUGAUCAUGGACACGGAACGGAUUUGGGAUCUGGAGCAGCAGGUUCGCAGGCUUAAAGGCGAACUUGCGAAGAGGAGCUUGGUCAAAGAGGAAGCUACUACUCAGUAUUACAGCUGGGCGGAGCCGUCGAUUGAGGUGCUGAGAAAUGAUGAGAUGGACAUGACUGAGAACGAUACACAGUUUGGCGGCCAGGCUGUUGUGAGGGUCAAGGCGAGCCCGUCAAGAGCAAGGUCGUCCUUUCUGACGCCUCCUCCCACAAGUCCGACGGUGCCUGCAUCUCCAUGCUACAGGGAAGCCUCCCCGUCGCCGUCCUCUCGCCACCCGCAAAUGGGCUUCCAAGAAGAACCGGACCAUCAGCAUCUGGAAGAAGAGAUUGCAUCCCUACGGUUCAAAGUACAGCAGCUGACGGCAACUCUGGACUCGUACAAGGCGUUAUGUGGACGAAUCAGCAACACUCUGUCGAACGGCUCCGUCGAAAGGAAAGCUGCCGCUUCUUCCUUCGAAGCAAUAGAGAAGCAGGUCCAGCUGCUGUUCCAGAACUUGUCCGACCGGGCUGCUGAGGCUAGGCGUCUUACGUCUGCCAUUGGACAGCUAGGCUUUCCUGGUAAUGAUGCAAGCGAGAUGAUUGUGUCGGUUGCAGCUGGAUUUCGAGACGCUCGCAUCGAGCUUGAGUAUCUCACGCCAGACGAAGUGAUGCUGCCCUUUACCCGUCGGGGCUCAGAGGUGCUUGACCUGCUAUUGACGCGGUUGAGGGCCUUGACGAAGAAGUCGAGGGAAGACGAUGACACAAUUGACGAGUAUCAUGAGAUUGAACAGUCUCUACGCAAGGAGCUUGGCUCACAGGAGACUGUCAUGGACGAGCUCAAUCGGAAAAUAGCGACGGCAUAUGGCAUGCUGGACGAAAAGGAUGGGCGCAUCAGGGAGCUGCAAGCUGGUAAUGACAGACUUCAGGGUGCUGUUGAUGGCUACGUCCAUGAUAUCGCCGAGCUUCGGAGAGUAGUGGAAGGGAUGGCGAAUGGACAACAGGAGUUGAGAUUUGCGCAUGCCGCUCAGCAACAGUUGAGUCAAGAGGCGCUCACAGCUCAGCAUGCCAUCAUCGCCAGUCUGGAGGCCAGGAUCGAAGAAGAGAGGAACAAGGCCAAGGAUGCCAUGGAUUCGGUAAAGGGAGAGCUGCAACGAGUUCUGCUCCUGAGCCAGAGCUUCCUCCAUGCUACUGCUACACCAUGAAGUAGACGCAAACAAUGUAAUAAAAAACAAUCAAUCUUUCAUAACAUUUCAUCCAUCGUAUAACAUCAAAUACCUAACAUGAAAGCAACUAUAUAGAUCAUCGUCUCGCUAUGCGGCUUGCUAACGCUGUGUGUAGUAUGAGGGGGCGGGGGAGGGAAAAGGAUGUGCUGAACAGGAGCCAAGUGCAGAUGCAUAGAGUCAUUGACGCGUAUAAGCUCUUUCGAGAAGGAAAAAGCAAGAGAACCCAAAACCCAAAACUGAAAACAACAACCAAAAAAAUAUCAUGAGACGAACCAAACGAAUGCCAAUUUCCCCACAAGAACGAAUGCCGAGUUUCCAAAUGAACGAAUGCCGAAUUUCCAAACGAGUGCCAGGUUUUUUCCCCUUCUCAUCUCAUCCACCACCUCGUCAUCACCCCCCCCUUGAGGAGCGUCGAAAAGGGGGAU